CGUGUGCUGGAGAGAGAAGAUAACUCCCAAGUCUGUUGCUGUUGUGGUCCCUCGUUCCGGCGAUUCGGUCGGUUGUCUUUUAUCAGUUCAGAUCCUAGCCUCAAUUCUCAACAGAAAAACUCGUGAACGCUCGUAAAUAUUCAUCAAAAUUUACUUUAUUUUAUAAAUUAAUUAUCUUAAUUAUUUAUUUACAAUCAUGCGGUAAUUUAUUUAAUAUAUUUAUUUUAAAUAAACUCAUCAGCAACGUGGUUUAUUUUGUCUCGCAAUUCGAUUAUCGAUUUGUGUAGCGUCGUAGGUAACCGUUGGAAAUAAUUUCUUUUUGGGUCCUGGCUAGCGUGUGCAAGAGUUUACUUUUUCAUUUACCGGCAACAAUUAUUUAUUAGCACAUUUUAUUGAGAAUGGCGACAAUAAGAAUUUACGAGGACCAAGAAAAUCGAAUUGCCGAGACAAAACGCAAUAAAGAUAGUAGUCUAGGACUCAAGGAUCACAAUCAACAAGGUCAGCCGGGGUUACAACAUCAAAAACGUGCUGUUUUGGGCGUCCUUCAUAACAACUGUCAUAGGAACAAACCUGAAAUCACAAAAGAUGACAAAUACACAAAAGCAAAAGCUUACAUCCCGCCACAACUGGAAUACAAAGUGUUUGAGGACAAGCGUGAUGCGCCGUUCAAGAUCUACGAAGAAAAAGUUGAAGAAAAGCAGCAUCAGCACCAACAAAAGACGGUGGUGUUCCGAGAUCACGAUACUCAGGUGCAAGUAAACCGCGUGACCGAGAUAACUUCAUCGAGCACAUCAACAGUCUCGAUAAAAGACAAUGAACGUCGUCCAGUAUUGGAAGUUAACCCAGUCAGUAUUGUCUCAACGUAUCGUCCAGUUCUUCAGGAAAUACCAGACCUCACGAUCGAGCUGUGUAAACGCACUGAUGAGUAUCAUCCAGGCAGCCCGAUGUCCCUGGACAAAUCAAUAGCUUCGAUGAUGUCUAUCGAGUCGGCUAAAAAAGAAUUGAGGAAUAACAAACGCGAUGGUAUAAAAACACUUAAGAAUAAUUUCUAUGAUGUUGAUGAAUAUCGAGCGGAUAUUUACAAUUACUUGCGCAUUGCUGAGACUCACCAUCGACCGAAACCAGGCUACAUGAAGAAACAACCCGACAUCACCUACGCGAUGCGUUCAAUUCUCGUCGACUGGUUGGUCGAGGUAGCUGAAGAGUACCGCUUACAGUCAGAAACCCUUUACUUGGCUGUAUCCUACAUUGACCGUUUCUUGUCCUACAUGUCGGUUGUUCGUGCUAAACUCCAAUUAGUCGGUACAGCAGCCAUGUUCAUUGCUGCAAAGUACGAAGAAAUUUACCCCCCAGAUGUUGGUGAAUUUGUUUACAUUACUGAUGACACGUAUACAAAAAAACAAGUCCUCAGGAUGGAGCACUUGAUACUCAGGGUUCUGUCUUUUGAUUUAACUGUACCAACGCCGUUAGCUUUCAUUAGGGAUUUAUGUAUCAGCAAUAAUUUGUCUGACAAAAUUUUGUAUCUAGCCAUGUACUUAUGUGAAUUAUCUAUGCUGGAAGCAGACCCGUAUUUACAAUUUUUACCAAGCCACCUUGCAUCUUCGGCAGUAGCAGUUGCGCGUCACACACUCCAAGAAGAAGCAUGGCCGCAUGAAUUAGAAUUAUCAACAGGCUACAAUUUGAACGAUCUGAAAAAAUGUAUCAAGUACUUAACCGACACAUUUAGUAACGCUCAAAAUAUCCCGCAGCAAGCCAUACAAGAAAAAUACAAAAGCAGUAAAUACGCGCACGUAGCAUUACUCUUACCACGUUCCACAGAGGUAUUAGCGUACGAUGAUGAUGAUUCUGAAAGCGCUUGAUUAUUAAUUAUUGGUAGCUGAGUAAUUUUUAUAAUUAAUUUUUAAUUAAUUAAGUGGUUAAAUGGUUGUACUAACGAACCUCGAUGUCUUUGGAGGGAAUUUUGCCUUUUUUUUUUUAAUUUACCCAAGACUGGUCAGCUACUGUAAUCAUCGAUACUUUAAUUACUUUUUUUUUUUUAUGAAAAAAAAAAUAAUUGAAAUUGUCUUAGUA